CAGACUGCAGGAGGAUGUACUGCGUUAUUAACCAUCCCCAAAACCAUUUAAGGAUCCUCAGACAUUGAUAUCUUCAUAUGCACGUGAAACUUCUGCAUUUGAAAGGCUUUCAACGGGCGGACACACACGCUGCUCUGUGCGUCUUAACGCAGGACUGCUCUUUUGGACCCGUGCCACGGUUGUCUGUCUCCGUCCGUUCACCCAACCACACCUACCCGUUAUAUCCUCACAGAAUUACAGCAGCGCGUCCUCACACCGGAUCCCGACAGAUCCCGUCGCGAAAGGGACAUUGUGUCUGCGUGAGCCGGUGAAAGAACGCAGAUCCACUGCGCUAUAAACGCCCGGUGCGCACCGGACCCGCUCAAAGACCCCCGCGUCGGACCGAUAUGUCAGCCCGGUGCGCGUGAUCGCUUCGGAACAGAGGCAGGUGAAAUUAUCAGCUUUGUCCCGCAUCCUGCGCCAAGAAGGAACGCAUCACCUUGAGGAUUUAAACGCACCGACAUCCAACUUACCAGCUGUGGUGUGUCGCUGCCAUGGCGACCCUGACUCCCUGCUUUUUACGGAUCUUUGCUGUCCUCCAAUUGGCUGCCUGCUCAUUUCCAGAGGAACCUGGCCCGUUAAUCUCCGCCCCCGCUGAGGUGGUGAGGCGCUAUCCAGUGUUUGUGGGCCGGGCGCAUCGCUCUUACACCCGUCAGGAGCCGCUGUAUAUUCAGACCGUCCUGAAAGUCAACCGCACACUCUACAUCGGAGCCAGAGAUGACCUUUAUCGAGUGGAACUGGACCAUGUGUCUGGAGAUGAAAUGUUCUACAGCAAGAAAAGGACGUGGGAAUCCAAUAAGAAUGACAUCCGCAUCUGUAGAAUGAAGGGCAAACAUGAGGAGGAGUGUCGUAAUUAUAUUAAGGUGUUGUUGAGCCAUGAUGGUGGGCUGUUUGUGUGCGGGACAAAUGCUUUCAACCCGCUGUGUGCCAAUUACACGAGAGACACUCUGGAAUUGGUCGGCGAGCCCAUCAGUGGAAUGGCCCGGUGUCCUUAUGAUCCCAAACACGCUAACGUGGCUCUGUUUGCAGAGGGCAGCUUGUUCACGGGGACAGUGACUGACUUCCUGGCCAUCGACGCUGUCAUUUACCGCAGUUUGGGAGAGAGUCCAGCCCUGCGCACGAUCAAGCAUGAUUCCAAAUGGUUCAGAGAGCCUUAUUUUGUGAGCGCCGUGGAAUGGGGGCCUCAUAUCUACUUCUUCUUCAGGGAGAUGGCCAUGGAGUUCAACUACCUGGAGAAGGUGAUGGUGUCCCGCGUGGCACGCGUGUGUAAAGGUGAUUUGGGCGGCUCUCAGCGGGUGUUGGAGCGCCAGUGGACGUCGUUUCUGAAAGCGCGUCUGAACUGCUCGAUCCCGGGAGACUCGCACUUCUACUUCAACCUGCUGCAGUCCACCAGCCCCAUCAUACGCAUGCAGGGCAGGGACGUCAUCCUGGGGGUCUUCUCAACACCCUCCAACAGCAUCCCCGGCUCGGCGGUGUGUGCGUUUGACAUGCAGCAGCUGGCACGUGUGUUUGAGGGCAGAUUCAAAGAGCAGAAAUCACCAGAAUCCAUCUGGACACCUGUACCUGAUGAACAAGUACCUAAACCCAGGCCUGGAGGAUGUGCUGUCCAGGGGUCAAGGUUCAGCUCCUCCAACAGCCUUCCUGACGAAGUGCUGAAUUUCAUCAAAACUCAUCCUCUGAUGGAUGAAGCGGUUCCUUUGCUCGGACACAGACCGUGGAUAGUCAAGACUAUGGUCCGGUACCAGUUGAACACUAUGGUGGUGGACACUGAGGCAGGCCCACAUCGCAAUCGGACUGUGGUGUUCCUCGGAUCCACCAGGGGAACCGUUCUCAAGUUCCUCAUCACACCCAGCCCGGAGAACCCGUACUCCAACACCAACACCUUUCUGGAAGAGCUGGAGGGCUACAACCCAGAAAGGUGCGGCGAUGACUCUGUGCAGGCGAGGCAGCCUCUCUCUCUGACUCUGGACAAACCCAGUCACACACUCCUGUUAGCGUUCCAUUCCUGCGUGGUGCGAGUGCCUGUCGCACGCUGCCAACUGCACUCCAGAUGCAUGAAAAACUGCAUCGCAUCCAGAGAUCCAUACUGCGGCUGGACCAAAGGAAGUACCUGCUCACUCCUGAGACCCGGCACCAGAUUACCUUUCGUGCAGGACGUUGAAUAUGGAAACACCUCACAUCUCGGAGACUGCGACGGUCUGUUACGUGAGAGUUUUAUGGAUGAGCCCGAAAGUCUUGUUACUUUGAAUCUGCUGGUUGUCGCAGCAGUUUCUGCUUUCUCCACCGGGGCAGCACUCUCAGGCUUGGCAGUGUGCUGGAUCAUGGGUCAAAAACACCGCCACCGUUCACAUAGCAGCACUCCUUCGUCCAGUAGUCAGCGGAAGACCGAGAAGGAACGGUGCAUGAUGGGACAAAGCAGGAGAGGCUCUGUGAUGAGUGUAUCCCGGCACAGCGGCACAGACCGGCCACGUUCACAGGGAGAGACGCUCUUCGUAAUGCCGAAUGGUUGGGUCAAAGCAGGCGACUUGGAUCCAGGUCUGCUUCCCACACCGGAGCAAACUCCCCUGCAGCAGAAACGUGGGUUACGCCUGUCCGAUUCCGGAUCCAGUUGGGACCAAAGCCAGACCUUCUUGAGUUCGGUUGGAACUCAGUGUCCACCACCACCAUCCACCUUGUUUCUCAGCUCUAAACUCCUGCAAGGAUCCGGUCGACGGCAUGAGGAAGCCAUUGAAACUGGUAUCGACCGGCAACGUUAUGUCUCCCUCUCCAAGUACCGGGAUCAGGGAAUACGCCAAGGCACUCUUCUCCGCAAAUCGGCAGGUGAUUACAACUACCCCAUGACUCCCCAAGACUCCCCUGACCGGCGGAGAGUGGUGUCAGCGCCCAGCACCCAGAUAGAGUACAGCGGAGAGCCUCUUCGCUGGACCCACGAAGGCUACAUCUUUAGCAGUCAUGGCAUACCUCCAACGGGCCACCACUACACCCCAGCCUCCCAGCAUCCUGCAGGACUGACGCGCUCUGUGCUCCACGGGUCCCGGGGGAUCAUCGACAUGGCAGACUUCAGCCACCUGCUCGGGAAGGGAGGGAGCGAUCGGACACCGACAGGCCAGUGAACAGCGAGGAACCAAGAUGCGAGGAGUGGGAAAUUGUAGAAACGUGAGUGGCUGAAACCUCAUGUGGACUGCGGAGGGCAACCUGGCCAAUCACAGCAGCUCUCUGUAUCUCUCUCUCUCUGUUUCUUUCCUCACCUGCUUGUCAUCCUUUUUACUAAUUUGUCUGGAACUGCUUGCAUGAGGAAAAGCCAAAACUGGACCUCACUGACUACGAGAAGAGCAGCCAUUCCUACUGGAAACAACUAUUUCUUAUCUCGGUUUCUCUGACAGAGAUGUGUUUUUCCCUGUUGCUCUCCUUCUUACUGACUGCAUAUG